AUGAUCUCGGCCGGGAAAAUGCAGAAUCGGUGUCCUGGGUGCCGUGCCCAGCUUCUGAGUUUUUACGAUGCUCUUUUGCUACCACGUGGCCGGCCGUCAGCCCAGCCGUUCCUUCGCAAACGGUUGCAGGCCCCCUCAAUGAGCACUGCAGCCCGUCCCUGGCGACCCAACUCUGUCCGGCAAUUCUCUACAAGCACACCGGUUCGGCAAGACCCGACAAAGGAAGAUACCUCCGUGGAGCCGUUAGACACAACUGCGCCGUCGAAGGCGGAGGAUAUCGAGACCAUCGUGCGACAGGCGAGACAAACGUUCCGCAACACGCUGCCCGCCGGCUACCUAUCACCGGAGGAGUACAAGGUCUACGAAAGGCUGUAUGGGCCGCCUCUACGUGAGACGCAGCCGGAAGAUGUGGGCAUUCCAAUUCCCCGCACCGUGGAAGAUGGGCAGCAUACCCUGUUGAGGGAGACGGAACACGGCGCAUAUGAGGAGGUCCAUUACACAAUAAACCGCACCACGGCCACCGAAGCAGAAGGCGUGCAAGAUCCGGAUGUGGCGGAGGGUACUGAGGCAGCCGAGGAGGUCCCGGAGAUGGCCGACGCCCUCGAGCCAGUUGCCGGCGGCUCGGUUGACUACCUCCAGGUGAUAGCCAACAACGAACGAGAGUACAAGGCGAUAAUGAAGCUGCAGCGUGACUUUGAGACGGCAUCGCUGCAGCCAGUUGAGAAAAUUCGGGAAGACGAGGAGAUCAAUGAGGAAGAGGAGCCACGUGAAGAGGAGGAGAUCGACGAAGAUGAAGGCGAACCGGAUGCCACGUUCCUCGAGGAUUAUGAGUCUUCUGGCACGCGGCUACACGAAUUCACGAGAAUUGGCAAGUUUAAGACGAGCCCCACGACGGUGCAGCUUCCCAAGGUUACUUUUGUCGAGCCCAUCAGCACACUACUCGAAAGGACCGAUACUGUACAUAUCAAGGAGGCGGCAGAGCGUCUGCUUGGCGGGCCGGGCCUGCCCUACGGCCCGGCGACGCCAAAGUCAAAGUCCAACUUGCCUCAGAAGGGCGUUCUGAUGGAGGCUGGGCAUUACAGGAUGUCACCGAUCGAGGCUGAUACCUACCUCGCUACUGUGCUCCCUGGCUUGUAUGCAUCGGCGACAAGCGUGCUGGUUGAGGUCCUCAGUGUCCUCGACGUCGGCGCUGGCGGUGCCGGCCUGUCUGCUUGGAAGGAUGUGCUCCAGGCCGAGUGGGAAGUCCUUCGCGAGAGCGGCAGGGCCAAUGGCAGGGAGCCAUUCGGCAAGAAGACGGUUGUCAUAGGCUCAGAGAACCUUCGGCAGCGUGUUUCCCAAUUCUUGGAUAACACGACCUUCCUGCCCCGUCUCCCCGACUACAUCCACUCUCUCGAGGGUGCUGAGCGGAAGCUGGAUUCGGGCGGUGGGCCGGCACCGCGCAAGGUGUUCGACGUCAUCAUCGCAUCCCACAUGCUGAUGCCGAUCGAGAAGGCGUACAAGCGCAAGGAGUUUUUAGACAACCUCUGGACCAUGCUCUCGCCGGAAGGCGGCGUGCUUAUCGUGCUUGAAAAGGGUCACCCGCGUGGCUUCGAAGCUGUGGCCAAUGUGCGGGAUCGCAUCCUUGACGAGUUCAUCAUCCCGCCUGGGCCGCAGCCGCGCAGCGAAGAGAUCCAACCAGACUCGGAGCGUGUUCGGGAGCCUGGCAUGAUCAUCGCGCCGUGCACCAACCACACCAAGUGCCCGAUGUACCACACGCCCGGUCUCAGCCACGGGCGCAAGGACUUUUGCCAUUUCAACCAGCGCUUCAUCCGCCCCCGGUUUUUGCAAAAGGUUCUUGGUGCGUCACACCGCAGCCACGAAGAUAUCAAGUUUAGCUACCUCGCGGUGCGCCGAGGGGCUCCACCCGGCGCCUUGCCCGCCAACAUCUUUGGCGUCCAACAGGGCAAGGAGGCUACCGACAGGGCUUUCAAGGGCUACGGCGACACGGAAGGCGAGGAGGCGCCAAACCCACUCUCGCUGCCGCGCAACAUCCUCACACCGCUCAAGCGGCGCGGCCACGUCACGCUCGACUUGUGCACGCCAGCGGGUCAGAUCGAGCGGUGGGUGGUGCCCAAGUCAUUCUCCAAGCAGGCAUAUCACGAUGCGCGCAAGGCGGACUGGGGCGACCUGUGGGCCCUCGGUGCCAAGACGCGCAGCGUCCGCCAGGUCCGGCUCGGCAAGGGCGGCGUUGAUACCGGCGACGGGGGGGUCCGUUCCCGGGCCGCGGCUGCGAACCCAAAGAAGCUCAAGGUGGUGGAUGUCAAUGUGCACCCGCAGUUUGGCAUCAUCGGGGCCAAGGAGAGGGGCCGGGCGGCGCCGGAGCGGAGGACCAAGGGCGGCAGGAGGGUUAAGUUGGAUGAUAUCAUGGAAAAGAUGGGUAUUGACCAGGUGGAGGAUCCUGACGAGAAGGAGGAUGACGAGUUUAUGCGAGGCGGGAGGUGA